GACCAGGUGUAUGGGGAUCAAGACAUGCACGAUGUAGUGAGGAAGCACUGCAUGGACUACCUGGUGAAGAAUGCAGACUACUUCUCCAACUACGUGACUGAGGACUUCACUACCUACAUCAACCGCAAGAGGAUCAGCAGUUGCCAUGGGAAUCACAUUGAGAUGCAGGCCAUGGCCGAGAUGUACAACCGGCCGGUGGAGGUGUACCAGUACAGUGCUGCGGGGCAGGACAACCUCGCAGAGCCGAUCAACACGUUCCACGGCAUUCACCAGACAGAGGACGAGCCCAUCCGGGUGAGCUACCACCGCAACAUCCACUACAACUCAGUGGUGAACCCCAACAAGGCCACCAUCGGUGUGGGGCUGGGCCUCCCUGCCUUCAAGCCUGGCUCCGCAGACCAGUCGCUGAUGAAGAACGCCAUCAAGACGUCGGAGGAGUCGUGGAUUGAGCAGCAGAUGCUGGAGGAUAAGAAGCGAGCGACAGACUGGGAGGCAACGAACGAGGCCAUUGAGGAGCAGGUGGCUCGCGAGUCCUACCUGCAGUGGCUGAGAGACCAGGAGAAGCAGGCUCGGCAGCCCCGGAAAGCCUCGGCGACCUGCAGCUCGGCCACAGCGGCCGCCAGCAGCGGACCGGAGGAGUGGAGCGGCCGGUCGCCCCGACAGAGGAGCUGCGCCUCGUCCCCGGAGCACUUCGACCCCCACACGGACGCCAGCGGCAAGCCCCCUUCCCCCGGCACAGCCGUCGCACUGGCCCUCGGCAAGCCCCCCUCGCCCUGCGCGCCAGGCACGAGCAGACAGAUGGCCUCUGGCGGGGAGCGAGUGUCCUCCCCGGCGGUGUCGCUGUGUCCCGCCCUUGACUGCCGCACCAUCAUGCAGCAGAUGUCGCCCACCGCUUUCGGCCUGGCUGACUGGGAGGACGACGAGAUCCUUGCCUCCGUACUGGCUGUCUCACAGCAGGAGUACCUGGACAGUAUGAAGAAGAGCAGGGAACCCCACAGAGAGUCUUCGCCAGACCACAGCUGAUGGACUGCCUCCCCCCUCCCACCCUCCCUGCCCUGACCCCGCCCCCCCCAACACACACCGCCUCUGUCCUCUUGGCACCCCCUCCCCUCCCCUCCUCCCCCCCCCCCCCCCCCCAGUGCUAGACACACGAGAGACUUUUUCUUUUAUCGACUAGAUGCAUGUACAGAGAUGCGAUGGAAUAAUGUGGCACCCACCAUAAUACUGACCUCCAGUCUUUGAAAAUAUAAUUUUGUGUUAUUGGU